GUGUGUGUGCGUGCGCGUCCCCCCUCCCCGCCCCGUCUGUCUCCCCGCCGGGGUCCCAGCGGGAUGCGCGGGGCGCUGCUGCCCUCUCCCGGGUUGCACCCGCACUGCGCGCCCCGCCUGCCUGCGCCCCCGCCGCGUUGGGGGGGAGGGGGAAGGGUGCCCCCACCCCCCGGUGACCCCCCCCCCACCCUCAGCGUGCAGGGCGGGCAAGCCCCCCCCCCUCCUCCCACCGCCACCGUGUACGAGGUGGCCUCCCCGACGCGCUCCCCUGGAUCUUUGGCCCGUCACCCGCCUCAGCACCCACGGGUGGGAGCACCCUCACCCGCCCUGGGAACCCACGCAGCAGCUCCCCCCCCUCCCCUUUAUUAUUUUUAUUUUUUUCCUGGCUGGGGCCUGGCGGCCCUGGAAAGUUCCCUGCUGUUUGGUAUCCAAGUAACACCCGGCUCCUCUGAGAUCGGAGCUCCGGAGGGGGGGAAUGCCAAUUCGCAGGGCUCGCCUCUCGGCCGCGUCCCCAGCAGCGCGUGGGGCUGCGGGGAGGGCGGCAGCGGCCGGGGGCGCCCCGAACGCCGGUGGGAAGCCGCCCCCGGGCGCCUCGCAGGCACCGCGGCCUCCCUCCUCGUGGCUCCGCGACCCUCCCAAGCAUCUCUCCAGCACCUUCCCUCCAAGGCUCGCAAACCGUUCUGCCAAAGUGAACGUUCCCGGAGCUGGCAGCGAGGAGUAAAUCCGGCUUUCCGGGUGCUGGGACAGGCUGGGGGUCAAGGCAGAGAGCACCGUGCGGCAGGGACUGCCGCCAGCCUUCGCGUCACGCCGCCUCGCAUCCGAAACGGGAGCAGCCGGCUCCGGCCCCCGCCGCGACGGGAUCCGUGCACCCGGGCGGGAUCAGCAGGCUUGGAUCGGGUACCGGAGGGACUCGGCGCUCCCAGACGAGGAUCGGGACCCGUCUGCAUCGCUUCCAGACUCCUGGAAACUGUACAAAGAGGAGGCCUGCACUCCAGCCCGGUCAGCAGAGGAAUCUGCACACGCAGACAGGAUCGCUGCAAUUGCUGUUGGCUGAGUGAGCAACUUUGCAGGCUUCCUCAUCCCCUCGCCCUGAAUGUCAGCUUUGAAUUUUCUUGCUAUUUUUAGGAACGGUUCAAAAACGACGAGGAUCCCACCGUUCUCGCCUUGCAGGGCUUUGCACCGUAUGAAUAUUGCAAACCUAUAUAUUGAUGUAUCAGCCACGCGUGUGCGCGUGCACUGGGGGAGCAGGACGGAGGGAAGGGUCAGAUGUCUUGCACGCACAGGGAGAAAAGGAGGUCGUACAGAAAACAUUACAUUGCAAGCAGGAUGGGUUUAAAUGUAAAAGAUUUAUUAAUUUAAUCCAAAGCAUUAAAAGGUCAUGUAUUAAUCAAA